GUUCUGCAGUUGUCACAACCUCUUCAAAGUACAAAGAUGAAAUUCCAAAUUUGAAUUAAGAUUUCUGUCUACAAAAUAAAUGUGUAUUUUACAUGAUAUAAGUCAUUGGUACUUUCUUUAGUAAUCCCGCAAAGUAUCUCGGACUGCAAUCAAAUACAUUUAUUGUUCAAGCGCUGGUACGGUAAUUCCUCAACCCGAUAUUCAUCUCAACUAUAUAAUGACCUUCACUGCGCGGUGAGAUUGAAACCAUGGCGCAAGAAUUGUCAUCCAACUGGAAGAAGUUACAAGAAAAGAUAAAGGCCGAGUCUACCGCAACUUCUUCAUUGGCGACAAAAGCUACAAUUAAGCGGAAAGCCGACGAGGGAACCCAGUCCAAAUCUCAGCCAAAGCGGCAGAAGCUACAAAAUCCAUCCGAACAACAGCGGGAACAACGACAAUUAUCAAACACAUCUAAUAAGUCUUCUCGUAAGCCCACUCAUACAACUUCAUAUAAGAAGCCAAUGGGUGUUGCCCAAUCCUCUGCCAUCGCCAAAGGCACACCAGCAACUAUCACGCCUUCACUCGCUCUCUGGGCCGAAGAUAACGAUAUCUCGCCAGAGGACUUAGCUGAGGCCUACAACCUGGGCGUCAAAAAUAAUGCAUCCCUUAUGGCCGCCGAGCCGCCCCGUGUUAACGAGGGACUAGCAUCCGGAGUCGAUGUCGGCAAGUACAUAGCGCUAGACUGCGAGAUGGUCGGCAUAGGGCCCGAGGGGCGAGAGUCAGUGCUAGCACGUGUCAGCAUUGUUGAUUUCCACGGACGACAGGUGUACGACUCGUUCGUGCGACCGCGCGAGCCUGUGACCGACUGGAGAACUCAUAUAACGGGACUGACGCCACGCAUACUAUUACCCGUCGCACGCAGCUUCGAUGAGGUGCAAGAAGCUGUCGCAGCGCUCAUGCGUGGACGCAUCAUCGUCGGCCACGACAUCCGGCAUGAUUUAGCCGUACUACAAUUAGACCAUCCCUCAGGACAGAUCCGGGAUACGGCACGAUUCGCCGGGUAUAGACAGUACGGGCACGGGCCCAAACCGGCGCUCAGGGUCCUGGCGCGCGAGGUAUUAGGAGUUGAGAUUCAGAAAGGUCACCACUCGAGUGUCGAGGACGCGCGAGUCGCCAUGCUGCUCUUCCGGAAGCGAAAGUCCGAUUUUGAUGUUCAACAUGCGGGUAAGUACGGCUUGCCUACGGAGAAGACGAUAGCAAGUGAGAAGGUAGGUGUAGAUGGUAGUAAAAAGCAAGAAGCAAAGCCAAAGAAAGGGGCGGGGAAGAAGAAAAAGAAGCGGCAUUGAUACAGAUGAAAUAGGCGGCACAAAAGGAAGUAUGAUCUUAUACUAGCACUUCACGGGUUCAAGACCAAGGUAGUAACCUCAUCAAUAGUUGUUACUGUUUUAUUCCCAGUUGUCAGCGUUACUAGGCGAACGUCUUCUACUAGCGCUCUACGGAGUUGU